AUGCCAACUGAAGAUGCUGGGUUGCCCUUUGUGCUGAAAAGAAAACAAUUUCCUCUACAACCAGCAUUUUCCCUGACCAUAAAUAAGUCCCAAGGUCAAACACUGUCUCAUAUUGGUCUAUAUCUUCCACAACCUGUCUUCACUCAUGGACAGUUGUACGUAGCCAUGUCAAGAGUACGUAAAGAGUGUAAUCUCAAGGAGAAAUACGAUACCUUAAGUUUAUUUGUGUCUUCUAUUUGGUCAUGGAACGUGUGGGGCUACCCUUCUUCGGAUUCAAAUAUUCGCAACUACAAUGUGGGUAUUUCUAUUGAAGGACGGCAAAUGCAACGUCGCCAUCAUGACUGA